AUGGCCGAAGCUCAGCCACCAGUCGUCGACACGCCCGCUGCUGCUCCAGCUGCCGAGGCACCAAAGCCCGUCGCAGCAGCGGAAACCGACUCCCUCUCAUGUCAAUGGGACAAAUGCUCUGAGAAAUGCACUUCCGCAGAGGCUCUCUUUGAGCACAUCUGCGAGAAGCAUGUCGGCCGGAAGAGCACCAACAACCUCAACCUCACCUGUGGAUGGAAUUCGUGCAGGACCACGACCGUCAAGCGCGACCACAUCACCUCGCACAUUCGAGUCCACGUCCCGCUGAAGCCGCACAAAUGUGACUUCUGUGGAAAGGCGUUCAAGCGCCCCCAGGAUUUGAAGAAGCACGUCAAGACGCACGCCGACGACUCGGUCCUUCUUCGAUCACCAGAACAGCGUGGAGGACAGAACUCGGGCUACAGACAGAGCGGCGCGGGAGGGCGGACAGUGAUUGCUGACCUGCAAAACCUUGCAGCUACCGCAGGAGGUUACUAUGCCCAUGGACCUCCAAUGCAUCCUGGCCAGCCUCAAUAUGGACAUCCCCAGCACCCGGGCGGCCACAACGGAUACUAUGCCGCUCCACAACCAUCUUCUUAUGGACCAGUCUACUACAAUGUCGGCCACGGUCACGACAUGGGACACCACGCUGCUUAUGACAGCAGGAAGCGCGGCUUCGACGCACUGAACGAAUUCUUCGGUGACGCAAAACGCAGAAAUAUCGACCCCUCUUCCUAUGAACAAGUCGGACAACGCUUGAUGGCCCUCCAAGGGAUCCCUAUCCACAGCGGCGGUCUUGCUGACUACAUGCCCACUGGCCCAGCUAUGGUAUCCGUUGACGGUCACCACGGUGGACAUCACGGCGGACCAAUGCCUCCUCACCAAUAUGCUCUUCCACCAAUGCCAAACCUCCGUACCAAGAAUGAUUUGAUGAACAUCGAUCAGUUCUUGGAGCAGAUGCAAUCUACGGUGUAUGAAAGUUCAAAUGCCGCUGCGGCUGCUGGUGUUCAACAGCCAGGAGCUCAUUACACCCACCAAGCUGUCAACUUCAGACAGAGCCACUCCCCACCGCAGAGCGCUCUGCACAGCCUUCACCACCUACCUCACAGUGUCUCCUCGGCUCAUGUGACAGCCCCGAUGAUGGCAAGCCACUCUACCCAAUCCAAUGCAUCAGGGACUCCGGCGUUAAGUCCUCCAUCAAGUGCCGUGUCUUAUACAUCAGGACAUUCUCCAAGCUCUUCCCAUGGAAUGUCACCCAUCUCACGACACAGCACUGCCGCGUCAACCGCUUACCCAUCUCUGCCAGCGGUUACACUCGGGUACUCUCCACAUUCUACCACCGCACCUGCUUCUACUCUUGGUACCAACUUUGAUAGCGAUCCUCGCCGCCGUUACUCUGGUGGUAUGCUUCAGCGAAGCGCACGUGAUAUGGAUGAUGAUUCAUCCAAUGGAUCUCGUACACCAACAUCAAAGGAAAAUUCUCCUCGUCUGGAGAACACUGUCAGAUCCACUUUGUCAAGUAACAUUGACCCUUCGUUGUCGGGUGCUCUCUCUCCAAGUGCACAGUCAGAGGGCGGCGACAGCGCUCGUGACCGUGCUGAGGAGGCAUGGAUCGAAAAUAUCCGUGUCAUUGAGGCGCUUCGAGAGUUUGUUCGACAACGUUUGACGGAUCAAGAUUAUAUCAAAGACGAGGAAGAAGAUGAAGAAAUGACCGACGCAAAGUCGCCUGAGAAAUCCUCAGAGAGCCCUCGCGAAGCAAUGUAUACACUUCCGCGUCCAGAGCCGCUUCAGUUGGGCACCUGGAACCAUUUCAGAGUUAUGGGUGCAGGGAAAAGGACAUUUGGUCCUCCGAUUAGUUUUCAGGAUGCCAUGGAUGAUAUUAAUGGGCGUAACCGGCUAAGCUUUGCAAGUAUCGAAGACAUGGCUGCGAGGUACAGCAUUCGUCCUACAGAAUUGUGUCUCAAACCGGUUGAGUUGGGAAAGUGCGCUCGGGAACAUGCCGUGAAAGUGUUGGAGAGUUGGAGAUAUUUGAGAGACGUUGUGCAACGACACGAAGCAACACUGGUUAAGAGAUGGUCGAAGAAGACCAAGAACACGCGAGCUCAAAUCCUCUUGAAAGCGUGGCCAGGAAUGAGCUCGAAGCAUAGGCCAGACUAUGAUGCAUAUCGAAGGGAGAGUCCGCAACAGCGCGGCAAAGGCACAAAGUUUGGAGAUGCCUAUAUGUGGCCAUAUAUCAAUCUCGAGAACCUUUGCAGCAAAUCAUUGUUGAUGCUGUUCAUCACUUCACGUGCACGCAAUUCUCCAGAGCAAUUUGCAAGAGCAGACUUUGACGCUACCCGUCUUGGUAGAAUCAGCCAGUCGAUAGAAGUUGCUGACAUCCAACCAAUAGAGUAUACCUUGUUUAUCGAAGGCGAAAGCGAUGAGACGUAUGGAAGACUGGUAUCUUGGAAAGAUGAUCCCACGGCAGCCAGAGCUUCUAUGCAAACAUAUAUUCCGGGGGAAGGUUUAGUGGCACUUCAAUGUCAGGAGAAGAUAUAUGGGCUUCUUGUUAAGUGUUGCGAAAGUCUGCUUGAACACGAAACGAAAGACAACAUCUCCCUGCUUGACGAGCGUUUCCCAAUCUCACCACCAGUUAUUGGUUCGGAACCAGAGUUGAUUCCAUCCGUCGACGGAGAGAAUUGGCCGACACUCGCAUCUAUUGCAACAGAGGCACCCGCUGCAGAGGAUCACAUUUGGGCAAUAGGGGAAGACCCGGGAUAUUUUGCUGAAACGAUCAAAGAUUGGGGCGAACACCGAAAUGAUACUCUACCGGACACGAAUGGCAAUCCUCAUCCAACCGGGCCGCAGACUGUAGAGUUUUGGGUGCGGGUCAUUCGCAAUGCAGUCAAUGCCAUGUAUGCCGACUUUAUGGAAUGGAACGUCAUGUACAACAAGGCUUCAAGGUUGGCUAUCCUGCAGGAAAAUUACAAGGACGUUAUUUCACCAGACAAGAAAUUGCCAAAGGACUAUCUUAUUGCCAUUCUCAAUUUCCGGGAGAUACUGAAGGUUAACACCGAAAACCCACUUCAUCGAUUGCAACAUAUCCAGUCAUCACCUCCUAUGCGACACAUAUUUACGCGCGAGCCACAAGAUCCUUACACGACUAAAAUGAUUAUUCAUCCUAGACCAGGAGCAAAACCUCCAGCGAGAUUGUGGUUUCUUUUUCUUGUUGACGAAUUCGAGCAUACAAUCUCUGAUCCGAAGGAGAAAGAAAACUUGUCGGCGUAUAUGCAGGAUAAUUUCUCAGAUUUGGGUGUUAUGACUCAUUGCUGGCAUGAGCUGGAAAUAUAUCAUCCUUGGGCGGAGAAUUUUGAUAGAGAUACUGAGGAGCUUCAGAAGGAAAUGUUGCUGGCACAAAAAAAGGAUGUACAGACCCUACUGGAUUUCCAGGCCCAUAUUAAUGACCUCCUAGUCGGAAUUGCCGAAUAUGGUAUGUAUCAAGGAGGGCGAUUUGACUAUCUCUCAGACAAAAAGCGCACCAAAGAAAAUACGGAAAAGAUGAUUGAAGCGGAGAAGAAUCUAGAUGAGUUUUGGAGGUUACUCGAAGCAAAGUGGAAGAAGUUAGCUGGAAAGAGCCUGGAAAGAUCAAUGAAAGAACAUGUUCUUAGCCAUCGUGGCCAGCCAUUGGAACGUACUGCUCCGUGGGUUGAGCCUACGCCGAAGCCGAAGGAGAAGAAGAGUUUGGGCACAUACACGACGCCAGAGAUUGCAGAACAAGAAUACUAUGACCCGACUUCCCUCAAUCCGAAAACGAAACCUAAAAACAAAGGCGUCGCCACAAAAGAAAUUACUAGACCGCAGCCAACGGUGCCUGGUUUACAACUCGACAAAAAGCCUCUGCUGAAAGUUGACAAGCGAACAAUGAAAGUCUUUAACACCGUCUUCCAUAUCCCGAACGCCUCAGACCAACCAGGCGAGAUCGCUUGGAAAGAUUUCCUAUACGCCAUGGCAAAUACAGGUUUCAUGCCACAGAAGUUAUAUGGUAGCAUCUGGCAGUUUACUCCACGGAAUCUAGAUGUUGAGCGGAGUAUUCAAUUUCACGAACCGCACCCGGGAAGUAAGUUGAAGUUUACCGGGGCGAGAAGGAUCGGAAGGAGGUUGAGUAGAGCUUAUGGAUGGCAUACUGGUAUGUUCGCGCUCGAGGAUAAAACUGGAAAGAAGGAAGUCGUUGAUAAGGCGAAAGUUUGA